AUGUCCAACUCGUUUAAUAUUUGUCCUGUUGCCCAUAGUGAAGUAUUGAAUCAGUUAAGAACAAUAAGAUCUGACUGUUCGACAGGAACUGACCAGAUUCCGGUAAAAUACCUUAAGAUGGCAGCUGAUUGCAUUGCCUCACCAUUGACCUAUAUCAUCAACGGGUUUAUUGCAAAUCACAGCUUUCCAGAUGUUUGGAAGACUGUACGUGUGUCACCUAUACCCAAAGUAGCCUCUCCGACUGAGUUAGACCAUUAUAGACCAAUUGCUAUUCUCCCGGCUCUUUCCAAAGUCUAUGAACGCCUCAUCCUAAAUCAAAUUAUAAAAUACAUUGACCAGCAUAAUGUAUUAAACGAGAAUGUUACUGGCUUUCGUAAAGGCCAUGCCACCUCAUCUGUCCUUUUACGAGUAAGAGACGAUAUAUUAAAGGCUAUGAAAAAAGGAGAAAUUACUCUUUUUGCAUUCGCCGACUUCUCGAAGGCGUUCGAUACAGUGGACUUCGCGGUAAUAAUAAAGAAACUUCAUGCCAUUGGCUUUUCACACUCAUCGUUAAAUUGGAUUCUUAACUACCUUACUGGUCGGAAACAACUUGUUCAAGUAAAUGACAGCCAAUCUGAACUAGCUGACGUGUUGUUUGGUGUUCCGCAGGGAUCGAUAUUGGGUCCCAUGCUUUUCAACCUUUACGUUAACGAUCUUCAAAAUGAUUUUACCUGCAGGUGCUUCCAAUACGCCGAUGAUACAACAGUUUACCGUAGUUGUACCCCUAAAAACCUCAGUCAAUAUGUACAAGAAAUGAAUGACAACAUGCAAACUCUCGAAACUUGGGCCACAGAAUCCAAUCUCUUGUUGAAUGAAAAUAAGACUAAGCAGAUGCUCAUAAGCACUCGACAGAUGUCAAGAACUCACAAUCUCGGAGACAUCACGCCACCUCUUACCAUUAAGAAUCAAUCCCUUGAGAGAGUUGAAAAUUUUAAAUUACUUGGUACGUGGCUUAGUGAGGAUCUCAAAUGGUCACAUCAUGUAAAGGAACUUGUCUCGUCUUGUUAUGGAGUACUUUCAACUUUGCGCAAAAUUCGGAAUAUGACACCCCAACAUACUAAAAAGCUAUUAGCAGAAAGUCUUGUACUUUCUAAGCUAAACUUUAAUGAUGUCGUUUGCUAUCCUCUCCCCGCAUACCUACAAAAGAAAAUGCAACGUGUGCAAAACGCUGCUGCCAGCUUCGUCACCAAUCGUUAUUGUUCUGGAAAAGAUGUCUUACAACUUGGAUGGCUUCCAACCUUGGAAAGAACACAAUUAAACCUCCUCAAGCAUACUCACCGAGUAAUCUACAACAAGACCUCUUGGCCUGAGUAUUUAACCCUGGAAGUAUAUAACCCUGGAAGAACGCUACGCUCUAAUGCAGCACAACGAUUGUCGAUUCCAUUAAUAAAAGGAACUUUUCAGGAGACAACAGCGAACUUAUUCAAUGAUCUUCCCCAAGGAGUACGAUCAAGUGCUGACUUAAACGUAUUCAUGAGGGAAGUGAAACAAUUACUGAAAUCCAUAGCACUCCUACGCCUUGAAUAG